UUGGGGACGUUCGAGAGUGGGAGGAGCAGAAAGUGCUAGUCCAAUCCCUGCUCCUGCAAGCCUCUAGCGCUCUCCCCUCUGCCGGGGGGGAACAGUGAAAACCUCCGGUUGAUGUGCAGGCGCUGAUGUCAUGUGAAACCCCGCAUGCUCGCUGCGCGCACGACUCAAACCGUCCGACUACCGCUCCAGACUCCACCGCCCGCGCUCUGCUCCGCUCUGCCCAGCGCGUCACCAAACUCGAGCCCGUUCUGGUCUGGAAUGCUUUUGCACAUAAAAAACACUCCUUGAAUGAACGUGGACGACGCCGAAUAUUAACAUUGUUUUUUUUUUUGCCCGAGGAUAUUGCUUUUUAAAGUCUUUAUGUUUGUUUCUUCAUGACUGCUGCAUUCGGAAGCGAAUCGCACCACAACCACCAUGCGAGCCCAAAUCGAAGUUAUACCGUGCAAAAUCUGUGGAGACAAGUCAUCAGGAAUCCACUAUGGAGUCAUCACGUGUGAGGGCUGCAAAGGGUUCUUCAGACGAAGUCAGCAGAACAAUGCUGCAUACUCCUGCCCUCGCCAGAGGAACUGUCUGAUCGACAGGACCAACCGAAACCGCUGCCAGCACUGCCGCUUACAGAAGUGUCUCGCACUCGGAAUGUCCAGAGAUGCUGUGAAGUUUGGCCGCAUGUCCAAGAAGCAGCGUGACAGCCUGUACGCUGAGGUACAGAAGCACCAGCAGCGGAUCCUGAAUGAGCGGCAGCAGCAGACGUGUGAGGCAGAGGCCCUUGCGCGUGUCUACUCGUCCAGCCUGACCAACGGCCUUAGCACCCUCAACCACGAGAUCGGAGGCACAUACGCCAACGGCCACGUCAUCGAGCUCCCCAAGGGCCAGGUGAACGGUGGUGCCCCGGGUGGCUACUACCAUGGUAUGGACUCCACCCAGCCAUCUCCGGACCAGUCGGGCCUGGACAUGGCGGGCAUGAAGCACAUCAAGCAGGAGCCGGUGUACGACCUGACCCCCGUGUCUAACCUGUUCAACUACAGCGCCUACCAGGACAGUCAGCUGGCGCACAGCAAUGUCAGCAUGGGAGAGCUAGAUCGUAUCGCCCAGAACAUUAUAAAGUCUCACCUGGAGACCUGUCAAUACACAGCAGAUGAGCUCCAGCAGCUGGCCUGGCAAACACACUCCUACGAUGACAUCAAGAUGUUCCAGAGCAAAACGCGAGACGUGCUGUGGCAGCAGUGUGCCAUCCAGAUCACCCAUUCCAUCCAGUAUGUGGUGGAGUUUGCCAAGCGCAUCUCAGGCUUCAUGGAGCUUUGCCAGAACGACCAGAUCCUCCUGCUCAAGUCAGGUUGUCUGGAGGUGGUCCUGGUUAGAAUGUGUCGGGCGUUUAACCCUCUCAACAACACAGUGCUGUUUGAGGGGAAGUACGGGGGCAUGCAGAUGUUCAAAGCACUAGGCUGUGACGACCUGGUCAGCGCUGUGUUUGACUUUGCCAAGAGUCUGUGCUCUCUGCAGCUCACUGAGGAGGAGAUCGCUCUGUUCUCCGCAGCAGUGCUCAUCUCCACAGACCGGCCGUGGCUGAUGGAGCCCAGGAAGGUGCAAAAGCUCCAGGAGAAGAUCUACUUUGCACUUCAGCACAUCAUGCAGAAGAACCACAUGGACGAGGACGCGCUGGCUAAGCUGAUUGGUCGGAUACCCACGCUGUCGGCCGUGUGUACUCUCCACACCGAGGAGCUGCAGGCCUUCCAGCAGCUUCACCCCGAGACGGUGAACGUGCUCUUCCCCCCGCUCUACAAGGAGCUGUUCAACCCCGACCCCAAUGCAGCGAUCACCAUGCCCAAGUGACUUUCUACGGUCCAACCUCAGAGAGUGGACCACAACGUAACCGCGGACGCAUCAUUACGGCAACGGCAAAGCCCGGACCACAGGCCCGGACCAUCCAGACACUUACAGCCGCAAACACUAGGAAUGUCCAGCACUUAUCCGACCCGAUUCACCGAUACAGUCUAAAGAAUGUAUAUAACGCACCCAUGACCAAGGGGCUCUUCAGAACUGACCAGAAAUGUACAGACUUUAAUUAGCUCAUUUAAGCUGUCUUUUAACUGGGUAAGUACAUUUGUUUAUCUUAGAUUUUUCUUUUUUUUUAUGAUAUUGUGAUAUUGAAGAUGGGGGAGGGAUUCAUGUGGAUUCUGAAAAUAUAUUGUAGAUAUUCUUUAGUGGAGAAUGAAUUCCAGUAUUACAUCUUCUGUUAAUAUUUUAGUCCUAAUUUAAAAGUGAAGCAGCCCUAUGUGGCUGAUACCUUGUCUAUGUUACUUUUAUUUGAUAGUUUCAUGUGUACAGAAUUUGGAAAGUUGAAAAGAGCCUUGUUAAAGAAUAUUGGGGUAAACCUGGGAGGUCAUUUUGGUAUGUCGAGAAAGCCUUGUCUGGGCUCUGUUGAUAUGUGAAUAGGGUAUUGCAUCUUUCAGUUCGGAACUAUCAAACUGUAAAAGAAGGAUUGAAACAAUUAUGGCUACUUUUCAAGGUGAAGAUAUGUACAUAAAUAUUAUAUUUUGCGUGCAAAAAAUAUUUUGGCAGAUUGCCAUCCUGUCAAUCAUUUUUUUGUCGCUGCAAUAACUCCAUCCAUCGAAGUUGGACUGCUAUUGAACAAUCAGAUCAAAUUAGAGAUUGUAGUAGAAGGACCUCCCCCCCAGCCCCCCUAAACCCACCACCACCACCUCUCACCACACCACCCACCUAGCUAAAACUACUGUGUUGGUCUUGGUGUCUUUUCAAAGGGCAUACAGUACCUAGUCAGUGAAUAAGAACCCAAGUCACUGCAUGAACCUCUUCCUCUCAUCCCCCCCAGUCACAUUUUGCACAAUCUACACCCAUGCUAAUCACUGGGCUGCUUAAAUGAAGAAUUCUCUCUCAAGUUUCACACUGCUUUAUCCUUAUUCUUGCAUUUCUCUCCUCAGCCACAUCCUUCUAGAACGGUCAAGCACAGGGGGUAGUCAUGAUUAGCUAAAGUGGAUACGCCAGUAUGUCCAUUUUACUGACAAUAUUCAGACAUUCCAUCUUUCAGAUUAAAAUGGACACUUGAAACCUAUUCCACGUUACAGAGUGCUCUCUGGGACUUGAGAUCUUGCACUGCUUAUUAUAUCCAAAAAAACUGGGUAAUAGAUAUUUUUCACUGAAACGUUUGCAACUUAAAUUUGCAAUACAUUGUACAAUCUUAAUAGUAAACUAUGAUAGACAAUCACUUCCAUUUAAAAGUUAAUGUUGAAGAUCUUCGAGGAUUUCCUUAGACAUUAUAAUGGACACGUUUCCGUGUUUCGCACAGUGGCCAAAUCGCUCUGAACCUUUAGUGGAGACUAGAUGCUAGCCAGUGCCAGUGUACAGAACAGCAUGACCUGUAACAUUUUCCUUGACUUCUUUUUAUCCCUUUCCCAUAUGCAGUGAACACUAUCAUACUCCAUAUGAGCUUCUCCUAGUCAUAGAGUCUCCCCCUCCCCCGUGCCCCAUACCAUAUCCUGCCCACCCCUCCGCCCAAAAAGGAGUGCGAGGUUAGAGGUCAGUGGCUUGUUAAAGACAAUCACUUGUGUCUCGAUGCACUACACAGCAUCUCUCUCAGGGAGCAACUCUUUUUCUGUCUUUGCAUAAAAAGAGAGUUUGAAUAUUUUUGAAAAAUGUAAGCGUUUUUUGGAUAUAUAAAUAUGGUGGUGGCGCCCGGCGAAGGAACCUACCCAGACAAGGCUUUUGGGGGGGGGGUCUGUGUAUGUCUGCGUGUGAAUGGAUCUGUGUGUGGGGUUAAAUUCACUGUCCAGAUGCAUUUUGAGUCCAUAUAAUGGGGAGAGCCUAUUCUACAAAAGUCCCAGAAAAUCAUGUUCCUAAUGUCACGAUGCACUGCUUGUUUUACAAUGAAGGAAGAGCAUAACUAAGCUGGCGUCCACCCAUUCCAUGCCUAUAGGACAGUGUAUUCAACCCAACUCUGUUUUUAUUUUCCCCUGCAGGACUGUGAAUCAGGGGUUUGGGGUGGUGUUGGUAAUCUGAUUGACAAAUCAACACUAAGGUACUGUAGCAAUAAUAACUGGAAAGCAUUUACUACGGUCAUGUUUGCAUUGUAAAAUUAUUUUUAUUUUAUUACUAUUAUUAUUAUUGUUGUUGUUGUUAUUGCUAUUUUUACUCCUAUAUUACUAUUAGUCUAUUGUCGUUCUGUUAUCUUUGCAUGCUGUUUCAUGGCAAUGAAACGUUGGGGCUUUUGUUUUUUCUCAUGCGAUGCUGUGGGUCAGGGGUGGGUUGGGGGGGUAUUUUUAAUUCUGAAUGUUAUGGAGUAUUGUGUUCAGUGUGAAGGACUGAAUGCAUCAUGCACCUUUUACUCCAUCAACAGAGAUACCACAGAGCGCAGGCAAAAGGUGGUCCUUACCCUAACGAGACCAUGAAGUGCGCUGACAUUUUAUACACUUAGUCAAAAACAUUUAAUAUACUUAGUCAAAUACACUCCACUCCGACUUCUCCCUCCUUGGAGAACCUGUGUGUGUGUGUGUGUGUGUGUGUGUGUGUGUGUGUGUGUGUGUGUGUGUGUGUGUGUAUGUUUGUGUAAGAGUGAUCGAGACAGAGUCUGAAAGAGAGUGAAUGAACAAGAGAGCAGGAUAAAUUGAGGUUCUUUACUCUAUUGAUGCUUUGUAAACUUUCUUAAUGCAUUACACAUCCGUGCAACUGGAGUAGUGUUAAACAUGUUUUAUUUAUUGAUUAGAAUGUCUUUGUGUCCCAUGAUGAGAAAGUAAAGUAAGUAAGUGCAGCAUCUGUGACCAAAACCCUUAAAAAGGUACUUGGGGUACAAACACUUUUUCUUUUUAAUGACUAACAAAAACAAAAAAAGAAACAUUUUUUUCAAGUGCCAUAGUUAGAGAGGAGGAGCUGGAUUGGUUAAAUGGGUAAUAGUUGCUUUACUGUGUGAGUUUACUUGAGAACCAAUCAAAAAGGGGAAUUUUGAGGCAAGUGUGUAUUUGAUUACAUUUAAUUGUUUGUAUGUUUGCUUUUUUCACUUGGUGAGUCGGAUCGAACUUCGGAACUUUGACCCAGCUUUAUGUCCCCAAAGCUCCCAUGUAGACCUGUGUGUGUGUAUGUAUGUAUGUGUGUGUGUGUGUGUGCCAUAAAUGAAGAGCUUUGAUGAUCCAGUUGUGUUGAAGUUCUGAGUUGUCCUGAGCCAUCUCAGUGUCUCCUCCUUCGAGAUGUAAAUAAUGAGGUCAAGGUCUGAAGUGAUUUUUGUUAAAUUCUCUAUUUUAUCGCUUUUGUAGACAUUUCUUUGUGGGAAGAAAAAUAAAGGACAUUUUAUGGAUGCA